AUGAAAGGCAAAGCUCGUGCCACGCGUCGCACUCUCAACAAGGUGGACCCUGUGUCAGACAAGAAGCCUGUUGGCUUCGAAUCUGUUCAGACCGACUUAGGUGCUUCGACAAGUCGAACACAGUGGAAGGGCAGUGGAAGGCCAUCAGCUCCCGUGCCCACUAAUGAGGCCGCCACCUCUGCAGUCGCUUGCACUGGUGUUGCAAGCCAGAGUUUGUCAGCCCCUGUACCCACUAAUGAGGUCAUUGCCUCGGUAGUGGUCCAGACUGACAUUUCUGAUGCAGACCAGACUGCCUCAACGAGCCGUUCACUUUUUGGGCUGCACUUGCCCAAGGACCUCGUUUUCACCAAAAAAGGAAAAUCACUCCCUCAACUGCGUUUUAGUAUAUCUUGGACGCCUGGACAGAACGUUCUGGAACAUUCAACAGAUCGUUGGUCAAUUUUUCGGGACGGUCUGGAGGAAAACUCAUUAAUUAGCGACAUGCGGAUAAGCUCUAUUGAGGAGGCCCUCAAGAAGUCAUUCCCCGCGCUGACUUCAAGCCCCUCAAUCAGGAUCCCUUCCCCAACCAUCAAUGGUCGGACUUGUAUCGGUUUCCCGGUAUUCACCCCCAAGCCAUCGCUGCGAAUCUACAUGCGACCAACACACAGUGGUCUCAGCUCAAUGAUGAGAGCACGCCCUCACAUUUACUCAUUUAUCCUUUUGCCCCUUCAUGGGAUUUCACUCACUUCCCUGUCCUUUACGACUGAUCACGACCUUGGCGGUCAUUACAAGAUCUUGGAGCCCAAAUGGUUGAUACAGCGAGAGAAGAUUGCAAGUAGGCUCAAGCAAUGCAUUCUCGUGUUUAAGACUGUCAGCAAUAUUGCGGACUUCAUAUCGCUCUCACUGCCAAAGCCAGAUGAGUGCAAGUUCGACGUUCUGAAGGACUGGGAUCGAUUACUUGAUCGGCACCGUGAGCCUGAGAUGCAGCGUGCAAUCAAACUUCUUUUUAUGCACGUGCUUGACUUACGGGCAUGGGCCCUCUGGGCCUUGUUUAAAGUAAUCGAUUUUCUUGCUUCUCUUCAUGAAUUGCCCCCUCCUCAUUUCCCUAUCACUGGGGAAAUAAUAGGAUGCACACUGUUUUCGUCGAGUCCAGGGGCGAAUCCUGAACUCGAAUUUGGAGAAUACCUCGAACCUUUGCGUAUGACCAUACCGUCCACCAUCCGUCGACCUCUUCCUACUUUCGGAUUCCCGCCAAUAAUGUUUUUCACCCAAAUCCUUGGAUACGAGCACUGUGAUAAUAACAAGGAAUUCUGUAUUGAUAUCUUCGGGGUCAUUCACUCCAUUUACCCCCAAACAUUUGGCUCCUUUCAGUUACCUGAAUCACUACCAGAGGAAGAGGGUUCUCCCCCCCCUGGACCUGUUGUUCGGGAGCCCUGUCGAGAUCUCCUCAAGUUUGGUCAACAGUACCAAAAAGCCCCAGAUCUGCCAAUGUUUGAUGACACCGAGGAGGGUUUGGUGAAGUUUGAAGCUACGCAUGAACGCUAUGACCAGGAGGAAAGGGAAGCCCAGCACCAUCCCUAUGGUGCUCUCUUGAUCACCCAAGCCUAUCUGGGCAUAGGUGAGGCGCAACAGGAGGUUGGGAAUAUCAUCACUGGCAUGGCUGACAAAAAUAACUCCGUCAAACCUCCACCGAUUGGGACGUUCUUGGUAUCGUCAGAAUCGUACGAAUUAGGACUAUUUUUGGAUACCGAAUCCGUAUCGAGUUGUCGCAUGAAUGGAAGGGGUUUUCUAAUCGUGGAAAUGGGUAUCCGAGCCGGCGCUGCGCGUGGGCGAUUAUCCCGCCUACACCGUCAACAAUUAUCCAGAGAGUAUCUGCAACUCAUAGGGGAAUUCACGGAGCCUCAAGCGAAUCCUAUACCUGUGACCGCCAAUGAGGAUACGGGUGUUGCAGGAUCACUCCAGGCAAAAACACGGGGUCCUGUUAAGGAAUUCAUUGAACCUCCGACUCAUUCUGCAGCUGCAGCUGCCAGCGGGAUUAUGGGUCUCGCAGGACCAUUGCAGACAAGGAUGCACGAUCCUGUAUCUCAAACGCAUGGAGGUGAACAAUCGGCACCAUUGCAUAUGAGCGGAGCGUCAGGUUCAGGUUCCAUGGAACUUGACGAGGGGCAUCGCGAAGUGGGCAGUCGAACAACCCAACAUUCUGCUUCACGUGUGGAAACUUGA